CGGCAAACUGUGAUGACGUCUCCGCAGUGAACUGAGGACAGCAUGACCCGCCCAGGUGCACUGAGAACAAACUUUCUGCCAUUGGCUGGGACGCAACGCUUUCUGCCCCCGCGCCUUUUUCCCACGGCGCUCUGACCUCGGAUGAAGCCGCUGUGAACGGCGCUUGGGGUUUCGGUCGCCUGGCGACGGGUGGACGACAGAACGCCGGACAGAUGGACGCAGCUCUUACGCCGAGGGAGACCGACAGAUGGCCGCUUGUCCUUUUUCGAGGAAAACUUUAAAAAACGAGACAAAGGGACUUUCAUCGAAGCACCCGAGCCUGUGUGGACUUCAGCGGGUGUAAAAAAAUAAAUAAAUUGAUACUGCGGACUCACUAUGGAGCUCGUCCCAAAAACCAAGUACACCCACUUUCGGAGUGAAUCGCUGAGCUCAACUGACGAGACCAACUCCGACCCGUCACCGCUCCCUCCUUCCAGUCCCGCCACCCCGCUCACUCCCUCCCCUGGUUUGCCUCCUUCUCUCUCCUCGUCGUCUCUCGCUCCGAUCCUGCCGCCCUCCUCUCCCCGCCAGGCUGAGAACAGCCCCACCACCCUGUGCUCCUUCUUCCCCAGGAUGGGAUCCCUCCGCCUGGGCGUCUCUGCCACGCUGCUCCCGGGACUCAAGGCCUCGAGCAGGCCGCCACAGCGUCGGCCUCAUGGCCCUGUCGAGUUCUCUCGGGGCGACCGGAGCAGCUCCGGCUCCUCCCCGCCGCUCCAUCGCCCAACCGCCCCUCUGACCGCUCCUUCUCCCCCUCCCCGACCCACUCUGCAGGACAUGAACCGGCUGGGAGGGGCGUCCAGGAAGGCCCGGUCGGAAGGGGCCGCCAGGAAGGCCCGGGUGGAAGGAGGGCAGCUGGGCGGGGACGAGUGGACGCGCCACGGCUCCUUCGUCAACAAGCCCACCCGCGGCUGGCUGCACUCGGACGGCGUGGUCACCACCGCCGGCGUCUCCUACAGCGUACGCUACAUGGGCUGCGUGGAAGUGCUGCAGUCAAUGAGAGCGCUGGACUUCAACACCAGAACUCAGGUCACCAGGGAGGCCAUCUCUGUGGUGUGCGAGGCCGUGCCCGGAGCCAAGGGAGCCCAGCGCAGGAGGAAGCCUUCCUCUCGCUGUAUGACGUCCAUCCUGGGGAAGAGCAACCUGCAGUUUGCCGGCAUGACAAUCAGCCUCACCAUUUCCACCAGCAGCCUCAACCUGUUGGCCUCCGACUGCAAACAGAUAAUCGCCAAUCAUCACAUGCAGUCCAUCUCCUUUGCCUCUGGAGGAGACCCAGACACAGCUGAGUACGUAGCAUAUGUGGCCAAAGACCCAGUCAACCAGAGAGCGUGUCACAUCCUGGAGUGUUCGGAGGGUUUAGCGCAGGAAGUCAUCAGCACCAUCGGUCAGGCCUUUGAACUGCGUUUCAAACAGUACCUAAAGAACCCUCCCAAACUGGUCACACCCCACGACAGAAUGGCUCCUUUUGACGGCUCCGCGUGGGAGGAGGAAGAAGAAGACGACAACGCUGCUGCUGCUGCUGCUCCACCUCCCGACGUCCCUUACUAUAACAAUUUCCCCGGAAAACAGCCUCCCCCUGGUGGACUGGUCGACAUGAGGAGCCGCCCGGGUGCCACGCUGCCCUAUGGACAGCCGGGCCAGAACGACAUUCACAAGCAGCCGCUGCCGCCUCUGCCGGUGGGGGCCAAAGAAGGCGGACGGGAGCUAUUUGAUGACCCUUCAUACGUCAACGUGGACAAACCCCGCCACCCAGUUGCUGCCAAUGGAAACGCUCACAGGGAUGCUUUUGACAUGAAGCCAUUUGACGACGCGCUGGGAGUCUCCGGGCCUGGUGGGGCGAGCUCAUCGACGGCGGCGCCGCCCCCUCUGGUGCAGCAGCUGCAGUGCGAGGCCUGGUUCCACGGUAGCUUAAGUCGCAGGGAAGCCGAGAGGCUUCUGACCCGCGACGGAGACUUCCUGGUCCGAGAGUCCGGGACCACGGCCGGGCAGUACGUCCUCACGGGACAGCAGGGGGGUCAGCCCAAACACCUGCUGCUGGUCGACCCGGAAGGAGUGGUUCGCACAAAAGACCACCGGUUUGAAAGUGUGAGUCACCUGAUCAGUUACCACAUGGACAACAGUCUUCCCAUCGUCUCAGCUGGUAGCGAAGUGUGUCUGCAGCAGCCGGUGGAGCGCAGAGCCUGACGAUACACACCAAAUAUACACACACGAUCCCGCAGCAGACAAAGACACUUUCAUAUGCUAUAACACACACACACACACACAUACAAUAUGCACAAACCAUUGCAAAGAGAGAAUCACCAGUUCCUCUUUCAAAUCACUCCCUCACUGCUGUGGCCACAUGUUCCCGUCCUUUCUGAAAGCCAAACGGUGACCUGCAGUUUUCUACACAAAUAUCAGGCGCAUCGCUCCUCAACGGAGAAGCACUGCUGCAAUUUCUCUGCAUCCUACUGUGAACCAGGGAGGAGCCCUUUGCUGAUUUCAGAAUGGGCAGAAAAUAAAAAAAAAAUUUCAAAGAAGAAGAAAACAAAUUAAAAAAAAACAAAAGUGUGGAACUGAAAUGAGGAGAAAGGAGCAUUAAUGGGACGACAAAAAAGAUUUUCGGUGCUUUUAAGCAUUUGUUGUUUCCCGCAGGGGAAUGACUCCCGUCCUCAGACUGUUCUGUUCGAAGCCAAACACAAACUGGACGGUAACGGUUCUUUGCUUCGGAGACUUGUAGCUUGAGCUCUCCCCUCAAGUGUCACCGCGGCACUCGAGCGGCAAACCUGACUUUGAAAGAAGGAAAGCAGAAAAAAAAAAAACGGUGAAUAUGCAUUAACAAGUUUUCUUCCAACGUAAUCAGGAGCGCCUCCGACCGCCCCCCCCCCCCCAAACCGCUGCCCUCCUAAGGACUAAGGAUUUGACCCCCGGAGAUACACCUGGUGGUGCAUACCUGGGGGACUGCUAAGCCAAUGACCAUGUUCUUCUUUUUUUCUUAUCUUGGGGCUCAUCGCUUGUUGGACAAUGUGAGUAGCAGCUGAGCGACUGUUUGUCCCUUAAUCCCUCCGUAGAAAACAGACACAGUUACACCUUUGAAACACAGCCUGCACCACCCCGUCACGCCAAAGAGAAUCAUCUCUGUUGCCGUGACAAUUAUGAGCGGUUAUCCGUCUCAUGUGGUUACAGCGUCGGGGGCGAGUUGAGCCUGUUUCAGAGGGGGGGGGGUCUGGCCAAGUAUGCCUGAAUAAAUCAGGAAAAAAAAAAGAUUUUUAAAGUAAACUACUUUGAUGUCACCCGACAACAACUACAUAAUGAGGAGCGCCGCUUUGACCUGGUGCUUUCCAUUGUUUGCACUGACAAUCUAUGGGUUAUUUCUUUACAGAGGAUUCUGACUGAAAGGAAAGGAGAGUAGUUAAAGAGGGGCCUCUUUUAAACGUUGGCUAAUAAGGAACGUUGAACUGUGCUGCAAAAAAUCAUGCAAAAUAUGUCAUUGUAACCAGUUGGGUAAUUUUGUGCAUCGUGAUGUUGAUUCAUUUUUUUUAAUCAUUGGAGGGAAUAAUGUCCUUUUUUGAAAGAUGAAAUUAAGUUGUUAUGUUUGGAAGCGUUGUUAAUGUUGAAACCAAAUGUUGUUCAUGCUGUUUUCACAAACGUUUGAGGAUCCGAGGGGAAGAAGUUCACGCUAUUGUUUCUACUUUCUCUCUUCCUCUCUUAUGUUUAUGAUGUUGGGUUUUUAUUAUAUAUAUUUUUUUAAUUGUGCCUUGUUUUCUCGAUGCAGUCACGUCACUUCAAUGCAGUGACCGUAUGUACUUAAUUCAAAUGUAGUGGACUACAGGAGAAUCUUACACAAGCCUCUCAGUUAAAACAAAGACUCUGCAAAAAUGACACUCCAAUAAACUCACACACACAUCCAGUGAUGGCAAUCUCCUCUGAUGCACAUGGUUGCACACAGCUUGUAGUCACAGAUACUUGAUGUCACCAUCGGGGUGGGGGGGGGUUAUAUUCCGACCGUCUGUAAAUAACAUCGACUUUUGACUUGUCAGCUUAGCGUUGGAUCAUUGUUCUCAUAGUUGUGUCUCUGCCCGGUUUGUGUAUGUGACGCAGACGCCACAGCAACACGACAUUUCAACCCGUCAAAGAGAUUUAACGGCAGGCUCUUGUAACGCGGGUACGGCUGGGUCGGUCAGAUCCUCACACUUUGCCUGAUCGGGUGUUUGUAAGUCAGAGAUAGUAAAUCCAGAGCUUUAAGAUCUGCUGUUACGUGUAUGUGCGUGUGUGUGUGUUUGUGUGUGCGCUGAAACACACCCGCCUGUCCCUCCGCAUCAUUAGUGAACCGGUCUCGUGCGAUCAUCGCUCAUCACAGAUGCCUUUUUGUUGCAUGAAAAUCCUUAAGGAAAUGUGUCGUGUGUCCUUGGUGGUGGUGAUAGUUUUGAUGAUGUUGUACUUUUUUUAAUUUGUGAAAGCCAAAGGUUACUUUCAAAUAGCGUGCACAGAUAUUGAUUUUUACUUCAUACGUUUCUGUUUUAAUACUUUUUCUUUGUUUAUAGGGAAACAUUGCUGUUUACACCUGUAUCUGAAAAUAUAGAUUGCAUAUAUAAAUACGUAUAUCAUU